ACUUUGAGCCUGAAAAGGUACAACCGGAAACACUAUUUUUCUCGGACACUUGACACACUAGUGGCGUGUUUUUUAAUGAAUAUGCCUGACAAAAACAAGCCAAAAGACACCGGACACAUCGCAACACUAAUGAACGAUAACAUGGACGACGGAGACGAAGCUAAUGUGACCGUCAAAGGGAGCUGCUCUGAGCAGAGGAAGUUGCGUUCUCGCGACGCGGCUCGCUGCAGGCGAGGUAAGGAGACAGAACUAUUUUACGACCUGGCUCGAACCCUACCACUGCCCAGACGCGUCUCCACACAUCUGGACAAGGCGGCCAUCAUGAGGGUUACCCUCAGCGUCCUUCGUAUGCACCGCCUUCUCCAUCCUGGGACCGAGAGUCCAAAGGCAUCUGAGGAGGUGGAUGACGACGACGACGAUGAGGACCCGGCGGAUGUCCUGUACACUCAAGCGCUAUCUGGCUUCAUCGUGGUGAUUACGGCAGAAGGAGACAUUAUUUACAUGACCGACAAUGUCAGCAAACACAUUGGCAUCCCACAGUUGGAGCUCCUGGGUCAGAGUGUGUACGACUUUGUUCAUCCUUGCGACCAGGAGGAGCUCAGGGACCUCCUUACGCACCCUGUAUGCAGUAAAAAACUGAGCGGGGGUCAGCUGCGCCAGAUGAACUUCUUCCUGCGAAUGAAGAGCACGUUAACCAGCAAGGGGCGCACAGUUAACAUCAAGUCUGCCAGCUGGAAGGUGUUCCACUGCACGGGUCACAUGCGGGCACUGGGCGACUCUUCCGCAGCGCUCCCUGUGGAUACUGUGAUGACGCUGCUGUGUGAGCCCGUCCCCCACCCGUCCAGCGUGGACUUCCCCCUGGAUACGCACACCUUCCUCACCCGCCACAGCAUGGACAUGCGGUUCACACACUGCGAGGGCAGGUUGGGCGACCUGGUGGGAUACGAGGCGGACGAUCUUAUCGGCCGUUCAGCAUUCGAGUUUUAUCACGCAGUGGACUCGGUUCAUGUCAACAAGAGCCUGCACACAUUGCUAGCCAAAGGGCAAGUGAGCACCAGUCCCUACCGCUUCCUGGCAAGUGGCGGUGGCUUCGUGUGGGCCGAGACACAAGCCACCGUCCUCUACAACAACAAAACGUCACAUGCCGAGGCCGUGGUCUGCCUCAACUUUGUGCUCAGCGCUGUGGAGCAGUCGGAUGUAUUUUUUUCCUCUGACCAGAUCCGUACCGGCCAUCGCCUCAAAGCCGAGCACCUCGACAAGAACACUGAUGCAGGCGAGAGUUGCGAAAGCCGCAGCCCGCCGGAGAUACUUCUUCCGCCCGCUGCUAAAGACAAGGAUGCCGUUGCUCCGCUGACAGGAGACUUCAUCACGCUUUCCUUCGCCACGCCGCGCAGCCUGAGCAACAUCCCCGAGGACCCUCAGGACCUUUGCACUCCGCAGCUGCGCCAGCUCCUCCUUCCCAUCUUCAACCAUGACUCUUCGUCCUCAUCAUCAUCCUCACUGGAUCCAGAGCCAGCACAUAGCAACAACGGCAACGUGCGGGACACCAACGAGGUCGAGAAGUCGUUUGCCUUUUGGCCAGAGGAUGGCGACAAAAUGCAGGAUAACAUGCAGCACGUGAUGGAUGGCGUGGAUCUGGACAUGUUGGCUCCGUACAUCUCAAUGGACGAUGACUUCCAGCUCAGUUUCUUCAGCGCCGUCCCAGAAGCCAACACUGACGUUAACACAGAGCCACCACCUGAACUCACCGCCAUCAACAGGAAACGGGCUCACAACUCAGACGAGGACGUUCUGUCCCAGCUGAUGGCAGCAGACGACAAGCGUCACAAGCACGACAGCGACGCCGCGUCCCAGGAGAACCAGCUCCUACUCAGCCAUGUGUUACUGGUGAGCGAGAUGGGCUGCCUGACGGAGAGUCAAUCAGAAGAGGAGCCAGGCACCAAGGGGCGGAGUCAUCUUCUUACUGACAGAGAUCCCAUCUUUGGGGGCAUGAGAGGACUCUGUGACACCACAUCACUGAUGAUGGACAUCUUCAAAUCCGAGCCGCCCCCUGACUUGUCUCCGAUGUCUUGACCAUGCUAAAACAUCAUCGUGGUGGUCAUUGUCUUCAUCGUGGUCAGAGGGCAGCCAGCCAACCAGCUACAUGUUAAGAUCAGAAAAUGAUGACGCUUUCCUGCUCUGAUGCACAAAAGGCCUUUCAUUGACAUAUUUUUUUAUACUUAAUUACCAAUAAUGUGUACAAUUAUCAACUCCGUACAAUAGCAUGACAUUUUGAGGGCAUUUAUUUGUAUUUCUCUUGCAUAUGCUGGGUUAGUGAUAUUAAGAAGAUCUAACAUUUCUUAUCGGGUCAUUUCAGAAAUGCAUGUAUGUAUUUUCUUUUGGGUUUUUUAUGCAAGUGUACUCUCCAAUAAACAUGCAGUAAAUGAGUAGGGAGCUUAGCGCCAGCUAGUUUUUAGACUUACAGUAGAAAGACCACACUAUGCGACUUUUUUUGAGGUAGCGGAGGAGUAGUUUUGGAAAGGUUUUUCCGAGUCAGAAUUUAUAAACAAGGUUGAUGUUACUUUCAAUGACGUGAAAGAUUGUUUUUAAUGUGUCUCUUGAAAUAAACUGUUUUGGCAA